CUUUUUAUCUUCUCUGUUACAUCUUCACUCUCCGUUCUUCUCUUCGUCUUCGUCUUCGUCGUCGUCGUCCUUUCCUCCUCUCAUACAUACAAGCACUACAUCAAUCUCAACAAUCUCAGUCCUCUCUACCAUCCAACCCUUACUACUACAAGAACAACCAUACACAAAAUGGAACCACACAAUCCAACCAUGAACCAAACACUGGCACAGCCCAUGAAUCAAACUAUGAACAACAAUCACCAAAUUAAACCCCAAAUCCCACCUCAGAUCCAGCCUCAGAUCCAACCUCAAACCCAUCCUCAAAUCCAGCCUCAAAUCCAGCCUCAAUUCCAACCUCAAAUCCAACCCCAAAUCCAACCGGGCCCCGAAAUCCACCUCAUCCCCUACCCACCCCAAGCCCUGUCACAAGACCAGCACCACCAGACCGAAAUCCUCCUGCACAUCGACGCCGCCAACAACCACCCAAUCUGCAUCCUAUCCAACAACUCCCAACCGACAACAACCACAAUCGACCCUAACAUCAUAAUCACCAACCCAACCUCCUACAUCUUCGCCUUCCGCGAUCCCCACUCCCUCUACCACGCCUUCGCCAACCCAACCACCUACACCCUCCUGACCCGACACGCGCACUACAUCCGACUUUACCUCCUCCACGACCUGCAGAUCGGCUACCUCCCAUGCUCCCCACACCCGCUGCCCUUCUCAUCCCAGAACCGGGAGAGCCUGUUCUUCUUCGACUGCGCCACCGACCCCAACAUGCAUUGCAUCACUCCGCCCCGCCUCCCCUGCAUGCCCAGCACCAGGCACCCCGUGAUCCUGAACAACGAUCAGAAUAACAUCUGCGCGAUCUCGUGGCCGGGCUUUGAUAAGCUCAUGGGUGGUUGGCGCGUCGCGUGCAGGGCUAUUCCCCGGGGUCAUGAUGUCUGGUAUAUGGUCUUUAAUCUUGCGUCGCGGGGUGGGUGGGUGCCCCUGGGCGUGGGCAGGUCGUUGCAGUUGCUUAGUACGGCGGUUUGUGUGAAGGAGAGGGUUAAGGGGAGGUUUCGGGGGGUGGUGGAGAGGUUUGAUGGGUUUUUGGCGGCGAAUGUGGCGAGUUUGGGGUGGGCGGUUGUGGGGGAUGAAGACAUGGUGGAGGGGGAGGUGGAGGUUAAGGGUGAUGGUGGUGGAGGAGGAGGAGGAGGAAGAGGAGGAGGAAGAGGAGGCGUGAUUGUUCAUGCUGGUGAGUGCGUGGUGAUUGAUGAUUGAUUGAUUGAUUGAUAUGUUUCUGGGGUGGUUGAUAUGCAGUGGGAAGCAUAGGGUUUGUUCUAUGUGACGGAGGUGUCUAUGAGAAUUGGGGGGAAAGAAGGAAAGUAUGGAUUAUCUGCUCAGGUGGAUGGGCUUAAACUGGUGAAUGUGGUCGAUGUUGUUUGCAGACUGCUGUGGGUAUUGUCGGUGGACUUGGGGUCAGAUACUAAUAGACGAUGAUAAUCGCUGUAUGUAUUACUGUGUAUAUAUUAG